GAAGCGCGAGGAAAGAGACACAGAGUGAAGCGUUCCAUACGAUCACCAUCACACACAGAGAGAGAGAGAGAGAGAGAGAGAGAGAGAGAGGGAUUGAGCGGUACGGCGGGAGAGUGCGCUCCUCUGUCCCGCUAUGGCUGAUCUUAUCCACAUGCACGACUCUUCCGCUGCGCUCGUGAACCGGUUCGCCCGCAAAGGCGCGCUGCGGCAGAAGAACGUGCACGAAGUAAAGAACCACAAGUUCACCGCGCGCUUCUUCAAGCAGCCCACGUUCUGCAGCCACUGCACCGACUUCAUCUGGGGAUUUGGCAAGCAGGGAUUCCAGUGCCAAGUGUGCUGUUUUGUGGUGCACAAAAGGUGCCAUGAGUUCGUCUCAUUCUCCUGUCCAGGGGCUGACAAGGGGCCAGACACAGAUGAUCCAAGAAGCAAGCACAAAUUCAAGAUUCAUACCUACGGCAGCCCCACCUUCUGCGAUCACUGUGGCUCGCUGCUCUAUGGACUCCUCCACCAGGGGAUGAAAUGUGACACAUGUGACAUGAAUGUACAUAAGCAGUGUGUGAUGAAUGUGCCAAGCCUGUGCGGAACAGACCACACCGAGCGCAGAGGACGCCUCUUUCUCAAGAUUGAGGUCAGCGGAGACAAACUUCACGUGACAGUUGGUGAGGCCAGAAACCUGAUUCCCAUGGACCCUAAUGGCCUCUCAGACCCAUAUGUGAAGCUGAAGCUGAUCCCUGACCCCAAGAAUGAGACCAAACAGAAGACACGGACGAUCCGCUCUUCUCUCAACCCCACAUGGAAUGAGUCCUUCACCUUUAAGCUAAAGGCCACAGAUAAAGAAAGGCGGCUGUCAGUAGAGGUGUGGGACUGGGACAGAACCACCAGGAAUGAUUUCAUGGGCUCCAUGUCGUUUGGCGUCUCAGAACUGUUCAAGGCACCAGUGUGUGGCUGGUACAAGAUGCUGAACCAGGAGGAAGGUGAAUACUACAAUGUACCGAUUCCAGAAGUAGAUGACAUUAACUUAGAAUUCAGGCAUAAGUUUGAGGCCUGUCAGCUAAAUAUCCACUUCUUAAAGAAAGCUAAAUUGGGCCCAGGCAAGAAAAUGAUCACACCAUCAGACCACCGGCGCUUCAGUUUUCCCUCCAGCAACAUGGACAGGGUUCGACUCAACGAUUUCCACUUCUUGGCACUUCUAGGAAAGGGUAGCUUUGGCAAGGUAAUGCUGGCGGAAAUGAAGUCCACAGAGGAGCUGUACGCAAUCAAGAUCCUGAAGAAGGACGUUGUGAUCCAGGACGAUGAUGUGGAGUGCACUAUGGUUGAGAAGAGGGUGCUGGCACUGAGGGAUAAGCCACCCUUCCUCACCCAGCUCCACUCCUGCUUCCAGACAGUGGAUCGGCUCUACUUUGUGAUGGAGUACAUUAACGGAGGAGACCUGAUGUACCACAUCCAGCAAGUGGGCAAGUUUAAGGAGCCUCAGGCUGUGUUCUAUGCUGCUGAGAUAGCCUUGGGUCUGUUUUUCCUUCAUAGAAAGGGAAUCAUCUACAGAGACCUGAAGUUGGAUAACGUGAUGUUGGACUCAGAAGGCCACAUUAAAAUAGCAGAUUUCGGCAUGUGCAAGGAGAACAUGUAUGAAAGCAUGACAACACGCACCUUCUGCGGUACUCCAGAUUACAUCGCCCCGGAGAUCAUUGCAUAUCAGCCUUAUGGAAAAUCAGUGGACUGGUGGGCCUAUGGUGUCCUCUUGUAUGAGAUGCUGGCUGGGCAGCCCCCUUUUGAUGGUGAGGACGAGGAUGAGUUGUUCCAGUCUAUCAUGGAGCACAAUGUCUCCUAUCCCAAGUCCAUGUCUAAAGAAGCUGUGUCCAUCUGUAAGGGACUGAUGACAAAGCACCCAUCAAAACGACUUGGCUGUGGUCCAGAAGGGGAGAGAGACAUUAAGGAGCAGGCCUUCUUCCGUCGAAUUGACUGGGAAAGACUGGGCAACCGCGAGAUUCAGCCACCAUUCAAACCUAAAGUUUGUGGCAAAGGGGCAGAGAACUUCGACAAGUUCUUCACACGCACCCAGCCCAUGCUGACCCCACCAGACCAGCUGGUCAUCGCCAACAUCGAUCAGAGCGAGUUUGCUGGCUUCUCCUUCAUCAACCCACAGUUUAUCCAUCCAUCAGUGCACGGAAGUGUCGUAUGAGACAGAAGCGAAGUGUAACUCCCAACCACAACGAUGAUGACUAUAAACUCAAUCUGUCUGUAUACUGUUAAUGACCCUUUGGCAGAGCAGUUUUGAAAGUGGGGGUUUAAAUGGGAUGAUCAACGAUUGAAUGACAAACAGGAUAACCAGCUUCACAUGGUGCAAUACAUUAAAUAGGUAACAAUGGUUCUGAAAUCCUUAACGGUUUGAAGGCCUUAGAGCAGUGAUACCAUCACAGCCUGUUGUAUAUCUGGUUACAUAUAUGUCAAUUCAGUGUAUAUUAAUGAUGCAAUAUAAUGUGGAAUUAACACAACACAGUCAACUGAUCUGUUGACCUGAAAGUAUAUUUCAGAGAAUUGAUUGGUGGCUAGUUGAUUAAAUGGGAGCAGUGGGCAAUAUCAGAAGACGUGUGUAGGACCAGUGAAAUCAUUUUAAUAUAAAAAAGUAUAGUACACUGGUUUUCCUUCGUUUUUACCCCUGAAUCCAGAGCCUUGCCAUUCUGUAUGUAUGAGGCAUGCUGACUUGCUUUUUUUUUGUCUUAGCCUUGUCAGUUUCCUCUUAUCUACUGCCAUUUCUAAACUUCCUAAACUAAAUAGACAUAUAUACAUAUAUAUUUGUAUAUCCAAAAAAAAAAAAAAAAAAAAAAGAUUAUCUAUUGUUAUAGGCGUGCCAAAAUACAGGUGCAUCAAAAGAUUUUAUAACUCUCACCCUGACCAUAUAUUAAUUCCAUACUACAGCUCUUAUAGAUGUAACUCGACAUGUUAUUUUCAUCCCGACUUGGACUCUGAUGCUUGUUCUGUGCUCCUGUUUGCAGCAUGAAAGUCCUCGAAUGUACGUUUGAUUCCCGAUAACAUUUUGCCUGAGCUGUUAUUUGCAUCAGCCAGCAUGUGGUAUACUGUACAUUCAAGACAGACAGCAAACGGUAACCCGGUGUGCGCAUGGUUGCUCUUGUACACACUGCAGAGCUGCAUGAUACGGCGCUGUUUCUUCCUUUCAUGCUGAUUUUUGAUGCAGAGUGACCACCCUGGUAUUUCUCAACAGACAUUGAGACAAUAGUUUUCCUUCAAAUGAAUUGAGACUAUGUACAACUCGGAAAACGACAGGGUACAUACAGUGCGCAUGCAUAGUAGCCUACCAGCUAACGCCUAGUCUAAAGUCCAGUGACGAAAAUCGAUGCCUCCAAUUUGACAAGUUUGCUGUUCUGAAAUGCACAAAGCAGUUCUAUGAUGCAUGUUUAUUUCUCUGUUUGUGAAGUCCAUUAGAGAACCCAAUAGACAGGCAACAAUCUCCAGUAUCAAACCUGCUUGCGUUAUAUCGUGAGACGAAGUGUUUAUGUAAUUUCCCGUGAUGAAUUCUGUGUUCUACUAUAUGCGCUGAAGUUCUUCUCUACUUCUUUCGAAUGCAUUUUUACUUUCUUCCUGCGUUCUUUGCUCCAUGGAUGCUUUCAUAUAACGAAGUAUGUUUACUGUUACAUUAAAGCAACACUAUAUCAACCAUUUUUGUAAAUACAGAGGCUGUUUCAAAAGAGAAUUAAGGAUAACUGUAGAUUUUAUACCAACAACUGAAUGUGCUUUUACAACAUUAGUUGGUUUCGACUUAUCUGUAUGCUUUAGAUAAUGUGAUUGAAGGAGACUAGUUUGGCAGAACCUUUGAUAACUUUGGUAUGGCGAACCUUGCUAUAUAUGUAUUUCUUGUAUUUAUCUGCACUUUUUGUCAAUGUUUAUGAGACAAUAUAAGCGAAGAAGCAGUAUCUAGGUAUGAGCACAGUACCAGCACUCCUGCACAUUGUAUUGCUUUUCAUUGUAUGCAUGUGAGGGUGCGGGCAUAACAGAGCAUGUAAAUCAAGUGUUGAAUCAACUACAAAUCUACAAACCAAGCAUCUCUAGGAACGGCCGUGUCAUGCCAAGUGCAAAACCUGUUGCCCUCUACCUUCGUGUUGUCAUGUUUGUUUCCAUCUUCCUCUCUGGCCACUGAAUGAAGAAUUAGUGCAGAUAUUAGUCAGACUUCAUUUAUAUUGAUCAAGAACAUUUAUGUUAAUUCCUUUAUUGUGACAAACAGACAAUUUCAGCCGAACACAAAGUGUUCACAACCCCAUGAACUUUUCCACAUUCUGUAAUGUAAAAUCCUGGAACUGAAAUAGACUUACUUGGGAUUAUAUGUCAUGAAUCUUCACUAAAUAGUACGUACUAUUGAAGUCUUGGAAAAUCUAUAUAGUUUGCAAAAUUAUUUACAAAGCAAAAAUGUUAAAGUAGUAAUUGCAGACAUAUUCACCCUCACUUGGUGUUCAAUGGUGCAACCAACGGAAGUCACAAUUCAUUGAAUAGUUUGUUAAAUGAAGUCCACUGGUGUGCAAUUAUUGUGUCACAUGAUCUCAAUAUAUAAAUAUGCCUGUUACUUGAAGGCCCCAGAGCUUGUUAUAGAAUAUCUAAACAAAACAGCAUCAUGAAGACCAUCAAAACAAGUCUGGGACACAGUUCUGAAAACGUAUCUAUCAAUCAAUCAGUUGUUAAAAUAAAUAAAUAAAUAAAAUAAAAUAAUAAUAAAUAAAUAUUCCAAACUUUGAACAUCUUGCAGGGCACCAUUCAAUUCAUUAUUAAAAAUAUGAAAAAAUAUGGUACUACUGCUGAUCUGCUUAGACAUGGCUGUUCCCCAAGUCAGUGACCAGGUAAAGAGGGCAUUAGUUAGAGAAUGUGUAAAAGUUUAAGGGGAUAACAUAUACUGUAGCUAAAGAGUUAAGACUUAAAACUCUUGCUUGAGAGUCCAAUCGUGACCCUCUGGUGGUACUGAGAUUCGAACUCAUAAAGUCCAUUUCCUAAUUGGUGUGAAAUUCCAAUCUUUGUCCAUUUGCUCUCCAUUCAUUUGUGCCAAAAAAAAAUCUGUAUAUCCGUAAAGAUAUAGAAAAUGUAAAUCAAAUUAACUUUGAGAAUGACCCAUCAGGAAUCCAUUUCCCCCAACCUAAUACCUCAGGAUGUUCCCAUACACAUGCACUAUGAAUGUGCCAAUGAUCUUGGUGGAUUAUUGUCUACUUUGAUACUUUAUCAGUGGAUUUGUCCACAUGGUUUAUUGAAUUAGGACAGAAAUCAUUGUUUUGGGUCUCUCAGCAUUCAACAGUAGUGUUCUGUUCACUGCGUAGCAAUGGAUAUAUUAACCCAGGCCAUCUCUUUCAUUUUUAUAGCAAUACAGCUCAACCCUUUAUUUUUAAAAUUCCCAAUACAUCUUUAAUAAUACAGUAUAUAUUAUUAAUGAUCUACAUUUGAAUUAUUUGAAUGUUUAAACAUUUAUAGAAAUGUUUAGAAAUAGGUGCUCAAAACCUUUUCACAUGCUUGGGAUCAUCCUGAUGGCAGGCGUGAUUUUAAAUAAGCAAAUAAUUUUGUGUUGGAAAAAUGAGUUUUUAGCAUUCUUGCACAUAAACGUUUAUGAAUCUUACUUAAAUUAUUUAAUACUUAGAAUGAUGGUUAUGUCAAUGAGAUGGCACCAUAUCUUGCAAGAAUUACAGUGUGUCUCACAUUGAGAAUGUUGGAAUUAUAUUAGUUAUUUCAACGUCUCAGAUAAUGACAAUAUCCAUAAUCUCUGUGGGUCAAAGACUAUAUUCACAUACAUUUUCUUAAGAGAUUUGAAUCAGAAAAUCAAUGGAUCCAGGACAAUGUUUUAGUUUGAAAACAAUAUUUAUUUCCUUCUUGUUUAUAACUACAAAGCUUUGCAAAGGUUUGUCCUUAUGUUCAUUGUUGAAGAUACUGUGUAUUAAUAAAUGUUAAGGAAAUGUU